AUGGAGAAUAUGGCGGAGGAGGAGCAGGAGGAGGUGGUGGUGGUGGCUCCGGCCCAGGUCCCGACCUCGGCCCCGGACUCGGCUCGGGUCCCAGCUCCGGCGGCCCCGGACUCGGCUCCGACUCCGGCCUCGACUCCAGCCCUCGCCCCCGCCCUGGCGCCGGCGCCGGCGCCGGCCCUGUCCCCGUCCCCAGCCUCUGGCCCCGACGAGGCUGAAAGCAAGAGACACAUCUCAAUUCAGAGGCAGCUUGCUGAUCUAGAGAAGUUAGCUUUUGUAGCUGAAGGGGAUUUUGACUCUUCUAGUUCAUUGAACUCAGAUCAUCUUGAUGCAGGAAAUAAACAGGCUUGUCCAUUAUGUCCGAAGGAAAAAUUUAGAGCUUGUAAUAGCCAUAAGCUUCGUCGGCACCUUCAAAAUUUACAUUGGAAAGUGUCAGUUGAAUUUGAAGGUUACAGAAUGUGCAUCUGCCACUUACCUUGUCGACCAGUGAAACCAAAUAUUAUUGGAGAACAGAUAUCCAGUAUAAUGGGCGCCCAUUAUCAUUGUAUCAUUUGUUCAGCAACAAUCACCAGAAGGACUGAUAUGCUAGGACAUGUUAGGCGUCAUGUGAAUAAAGGAGAGACUAAAUCCAGAUAUAUUGCUGCUUCUGCUGCUAAACCACCUACUGAAAUUUUGAAAGAGGUAGACACAGAUGUACAAGUUUGUCCUAACUACUCUGUACCUCAGAAAACAGAUUCCUAUUUUAAUCCCAAAAUGAAACUAAAUCGACAGCUAAUAUUCUGUACUUUGGCUGCUCUGGCUGAGGAGAGAAAACCUUUGGAAUGUCUGGAUGCCUUUGGAGCCACUGGGAUAAUGGGAUUACAAUGGGCAAAACAUCUUGGAAAUGCAGUCAAGGUUACAAUUAAUGACUUAAAUGAAAACUCUGUGACCUUAAUUCAGGAAAACUGCCAUUUAAACAAAUUGAAAGUGGUGGUGGACAAUAAGGAAAAAGAAGAGGAUGAUGAGAUUCUUGAAGGAGAGGAAAAUCUUGGUAAUAUUAAGGUGACCAAAAUGGAUGCCAAUGUACUGAUGCAUUUGAGAUCUUUUGAUUUCAUACAUCUAGACCCUUUUGGAACAUCCGUGAACUAUCUGGAUUCUGCAUUCAGAAACAUAAGAAAUCUUGGCAUAGUGUCAGUGACGUCCACAGAUAUCAGCUCCUUAUACGCCAAGGCACAGCACGUUGCCCGGCGGCACUACGGCUGCAACAUUGUCCGCACUGAGUAUUACAAGGAAUUAGCAGCCAGAAUUGUGGUAGCAGCAGUGGCAAGAGCUGCAGCUCGAUGUAACAAAGGCAUCGAAGUACUGUUUGCAGUGGCUCUGGAACAUUUUGUCUUGGUGGUUGUGAGAGUUUUGAGGGGGCCUACUUCUGCAGAUGAAACAGCCAAGAAGAUACAGUAUCUGAUACAUUGUCAGUGGUGCGAAGAGAGAAUUUUUCAGAAGGAUGGUAAUAUGGUAGAAGAAAACCCAUAUAGACAGCUGCCCUGUAACUGUCAUGGAAGCAUGCCUGGAAAAACAGCAAUAGAACUUGGGCCUCUAUGGUCAAGCUCUCUCUUCAAUACUGGAUUUCUCAAAAGAAUGCUAUUUGAAUCUCUUCACCAUGGUUUAGAUGACAUUCAGCCCCUAAUAAAGACAUUAAUCUUUGAGUCAGAGUGUAAUCCUCAAAGUCAGUUUUCAGUUCAUUCACCUUCAAAUCUCACCAAGCAAGAAGAAUGUGGUAUAUCUAUUAAAACUACAGAUGAUACCACAACAGAUAAUUACAUUGCACAAGGAAAAAGAAAAUGUACUGAAACAAUCACCAAUUUAGCCAAAAAACAAAAGACUGAUGCCAGUACUGAACAUCCUCCCUUUUAUUACAACAUCCACAGACACAGCAUUAAAGGGAUGAAUAUGCCAAAAUUAAAAAAGUUUCUGUGCUAUCUUUCUCAAGCGGGCUUUAGAGUGAGCCGCACUCAUUUUGACCCAAUGGGUGUCCGUACAGAUGCACCUCUGAUGCAGUUUAAAUCCAUCCUUUUAAAGUACAGCACCCCCACCUACACUGGAGGACAGUCAGAGGGCCACGGCCAGUCUACAGCAGAGGACACAGUAGCUGACAGGGUUGAAAUGUCAGUGAAUGAAAAAGCAGAAGCAAGCAGUUGCAGAAGAUGGUAA